UCUUCAUCCACCCCUGGCGAUGAUCCCUCGCACAGCACUUACGAGGUCAACGUCCCCGUGCGCAACGGUCGCGGCGCAGAGCCAGAGGUGUCGAAUCCCGAAAUCCGCAUCCCAAGGAUAAAGCCCGUCACAGAAGAGCAAUCACAGAAAUCACCAGAAGAUCUAGCAGUUGGACUCGAGGGAAAGUACGUUGAUGAGUUUGGCAACAUUCUCGACUGGGACGGCACCGUACUUGGUCGUGUUGAGGGGGAUCUGCCGUCCAUGGUCGGCCGGCCAGUAUCGGCGUCUGGCGAGAUCCUGGACACUGAUGGCGAGGUGGCUGGACGGGUGUGCGAGAACUACAUCAAGCCCAAGCUGGAGCCCUUGUCUAGCGGGCUGCGCGUCGACUCUGAGGGGAACAUCUAUGAUGAGGAGGGGAACGUGGUUGGCAAGCUCAACAACAAGCCCAAGGACGACAGCAACAAGGACGACGACAGCAACCAGACAAAAGAACAGCAACAACGACAACAAGACGGAAAAGUUAAUAUUCCAAAACCACCCGUUGUAGCUCCGAGACCAGAUGAACUGUAUCUGGAUGUCAAGUCGACAUUUGACGGGAUCCAACUCAUCAUCAAGAUCCCCACCGUCUUUAAC